GCCCGUCACACCGUCAUAGCUACUCAUUGAAUACACAUAACAUAACCACGCAUCAGUAUACUCUUACUUAGAUAUUGUUACGCUGCGCGUUUGUGUGUGUGUUUAGAAAUAGUGAUACCGGCUCGCCGAGCCAGUCCCAGCUCCCAGUUCGAUACUGUUCUUUGAUCACGUUCGAUUGAUUUCAGUUUACUUUUUAAUUCUUCGAGAAUAUUUACCGAAUUCAUAAUCGUGUUCGAUUUUCGAGAUUUUCGGGAGUGUUUUGUUUCUCACUUGAUCGUCUUGUCCGUUAGUGUAUUGUUUUAGUUGUUAAAUAGUGAAUAACAAACAUGGCUUGCAACCGAGCAGCGAAAUCUGGAUUUGCAGCUGAGGCUCAACGAAAGAUUAAUAGCAAAUACAGCGAAGAAUUAGCUCAAGAAUGUUUAGAAUGGAUUCGAGAGAUUACCGAAGAACCUAUUCCAGUUUCCGGUGAUAUGGAUAAUUUUUACGCUGUUCUUAAAGAUGGAACUUUAUUAUGCAGACUGGUCAAUUGCUUGAAACCGGGUUCAGUAUCAAAGAUCAAUCAAACAACGAUGGCUUUCAAAUGUAUGGAGAAUAUUAGUUCUUUCUUAAAUGUGGCAGCUAACAUGGGCGUUCCGGCGCAAGAAACAUUCCAAACUGUAGAUUUAUGGGAAAGACAAAAUUUAAAUUCUGUCGUUACAUGCCUACAGUCAUUAGGAAGAAAGGCGCAUAAAUUCGGUAAACCGGGUAUUGGACCAAAAGAAGCCGAUAAAAACGUACGAGAAUUCUCGGAUGAACAAUUAAAAGCUGGACAAACGAUUAUUAGUCUGCAGUACGGAAGUAACAAAGGAGCGAACCAAAGCGGCAUCAAUUUUGGAAACACCAGACAUAUGUAAUGAUUUUCCAAGUUUAUGAUACUUUAUUGCGUAUAUAAUAAAGAUAUGUGAAAAAGCCAAAUCAUGAAUUAUGUACAUUUUAAAAUUUUGUAUCCAUUUGCGAGUUUUCUAUCGUGUAAAACAAACGUUUAUUUGUUGUGAAAUGUCUCUCCAGUAAAAUUUACUUAAUUAACAAAUAUUUUACGCAUUACGUGUAAAUAAGUAAUUUAUUGUGUAAUAAUAGAAAUAAUAUAUACGUUUAUUACGAAUGUAUCUUCUUGCAUAUUUAACGCUACUAUUUUGAUAAAAACGAAUACCUAGUUCUACCGAUUUUUGUGAAAAUAUUUCAAAACCUUAUGUUCAUAUUGUUGAAUUUUUUCAUCUUUUUUUUACGUAUUUCAAUAAUAACGAUUCUUUUAGUAGCGAAU